AGGUAAGGUGACGUGCGUCCACAGCGCCAUGCAUGCUCCCUCGUGUGCACUCCUUUGUGUUGUAGCCACCGUCAAACAACAACCUCCUUGGCCGGAUAGAUGCUUGCUUGCUUUUCUAGUGACCGAAGUGCCUCUUGUCUAGUGACCUGUCCAUAGAGGUGGUCCCGUCCCGUCCCGUCCCACGGCGUUGUUGUUUGCAGAGAAGGGAGCGACAAUCACCAUGGCCAGCCGCCUGACCGCCAUGGAGAAGUUGGUCCUCUUCCACAAGCUCGAGAGCGAUCUGUUCCACCGCCUAGUGCGCGACCUCGCCCAGGACCCGGUGCCCAUGCGCUGGGUGAUCGCGUUCUGGCUGUGGCUCGAGUCCGAUGGCCACCACGACUUCAUCCGCCGCGUCUCCGCGCUGCCAGGACCCGUCGUGCUGCGGCUCGUCGAGGAGGCUAUCGAGUGCCUCCGCCGCCUCGCCGCCGGCCGCGAGAGGUGCCUGCUGCCGCCCUGCCCCUGCACGAACGCGCUCUUGGCGCCCAACAAGCGCAUAGACGAUGCGGGCUGCUUCCAAGGGCACCGGGAGGUUUUGGAUGGCGUCACCUACCAGUACAGGAGCGUAUGCCUCGCCGUUUGCGAUGUGAGCAGCGCCCGUGUGCUUGCCGCCCCGCCCAUGGUUGGCUCCCCUGUCCUCGCCGCCCCGACGAACCCGAUGGCGUCCUUUCCACUGAACCCGAUGGCGUCGCCGUGGAUCCGUUUGCAGAGCCCUCCGCCGGACGACUACCGGUCCCUAUUCGUCACCUUCUCCAGAGGCUACCCCGUUAGCAGGGAGAACAUCGUGGAGUUCUUCAACUCGGUGUACGGGCCGUGCGUGGAGGCGGUGAUGAUAGAGAAGGUGGCGCCAGGGCAGCUGCCGGUGUACGGCCGCAUGGUGCUGCGCAGCGCGGCAAUGAUCCCUGUGGUGCUGAACGGGCGGCAGACGGCCAAGUUCCUGAUCAAAGGCAGGCACCUGUGGGCCAGGAUCUACGUCCCCAGCUCCAGGCUCUCCUACGCCUGACGACCCCCAGCCACACCUACAGGCUACAGCAGAGAUCAGAAGCCGGCCGGAGCUAGAAGAAAGAUCGCUAGCAGAGCCGGCCGGAGCUUUAUACUACUGUUACGUACGUACACUUACGUGCCAUGUAUGCCCUAGGCCAGGGUAGAGCCGUGGCUAGACAGUACUUUCGCUGAACUGUGUCGUCUAAUAAAUGAAAUGAUCGGAGUGUUAAACAUGCA